AGCUCGAAUGCAUGAAGCGAAAGGGGCGCUUUCGCCUUUACUGUGACGAAAAACUUACAUUCGCAAUGUAUCUCAUACUGUCAUUGUUAGCACUGGGAGGUGCCUCAGGCAUGGCAUCCUCGAGCGCGGGCACUUCUCAAAGCGAAGGAUCGACGGCUCCGGAAACGGAAAAGCGCCCAGCGUGGGCGAACGAGACGAGGCUUGGAAAAUACCAGCGCGCAGAGGAGGUCUUAAACGAAACAGCGACAUUUUAUCUCGUCAGAUCGACGUACACGGAAGUCGACAUAUUGUGGGGCGCAAAUUUUUCUUGCGUCAGCAUGCGACACACCAAAGAUGACAAAAUGACUUAUUUCUCAUUUAAAAACUCGUCGUUAGAGCAAACAAAAUACACGCUAAAUCUGACAACUGCACCAACUACUACGUUUGGGUACAAUGUGAGUAACGCCAUUCAAUACCAGCUACAUGAUUGCACGCUUCUAAAUAAUACAGUUAUCUUUACUAAUAACGCAUGCACACUUUUGAGCGUCACAUAUGGAAAUGCCAGCAAUGACGAUGACGGGUGUGAACUGUGGGCCAGGCAGGAAUACCUCGAAAAUAACACUGUCCCUUUGUGUUGUUACUUUCUGUUUGAUAUGCUCUGUGCGCAACAAGGAAGCUACAAAGUACCGUAUAAUAAUUGCAGCAGUGACUAAGUGGCUGUGCAAGACAGGGAAAUAAAAUCACCGUAU